AUGAUCACCUCGUUCCCUCGAAUCCUCUCCCUCGAUAUGUCAAAGACGGCACACAGACGAUCAAUUAGAUAUCGUGCUCUACCCAAGCAAAACCUUCUAAAACGCGCAAUCACCAACGACCUACGUAUCCACAACGAGACGAUAACCACCUUCCAUGGCCUCCCACAUGACAUAAUCUCGUAUAUAUUCGGUAUUUGCGUUCUGGAGCUGGAUAUGCACCCCACCCUUCUGUGCCUGGUCUGCAAGAUGUGGCAUCAAGUCGCGACCACCACUCCCCACCUUUGGACGACCGUACGCAUCAAUCUAACCCUGGCUGAAGAAUAUCCUGGAAGAUACAACGGGUAUAUCUCAAGGUCCUUGAAACGAUCUCAAUAUCUCCCUUUAUUCGUUUAUAUCUUCGACGAUGGUAUCCCUUUGCCAGCGGAGGCUGCGGAGCUUCAGUUGCAUGGUCCAAGGACCCCCGUACCCCUGGCUCACACCAUAAAACAGCACAUUUCUCGCUUCCAGUACCUCAAAAUUACCACAUCCCGCCUUUCUCUUCCCCAACUCUCAACGGGGGAGUUCCACAGCGCUCUCCACACGCUCCACAUGGAGGGCAACCCCGGACGCGUGCCACAAAUAAAAAUUGACGCGUACUUCGCGUCUUUCCUCCAGGACGUGCACAUCAGCCGUACAUCCUUGUACUACCUCAAAAUAAAUUGGCGGAGAGUGACGACGCUGGUCGUCGAACACGUCGCAGAAGAAGAGGUUGUCAAGAUCCUGAAAAGCGCGCCACAACUCGUGUCGUGCACGCUUAGGGACCUGGUCCCUUCUCGGCACUCGAUGGCUGGAUUCCUCAAUUUGAGACUCACAGUACCAAAGUUGAAGCACGUGCAUCUGCAGAUUAGCUCGGAGUUUAUGGAAAUCCUGGCUUGGAAGUUUACCUUUCCCGCUCUUACAGAAAUGACGUACGAGGGCCCUCGGAUGCCGCCGCCCUGCAUGAGACCAGACGCGCCUCUUCUGCCAAUUUUUGUUGCUUGCCAGAACAACGGCAAUCUGAAGCGGCUAACCCUGAUGAACUGUAAUGUGCCGGCUGAGUGGAAGGAAUAUAUCUCGGCCCUUGCUUCGUCCAAUACCUUCAAGGUCAUUUUGGACCAUUCGGUUCUCUGGGGACAGGGAAACCUGGCCAGCUCAUCAUCUCGGAUUCCCUGA